GCCGGCCGCGCGUUGCGACAGAGCCGUAAAGGCACGCGGGGGCGACAGCAUGGCGCUGUACGCUGCCGCCGCGGCCGUGCUGGCGGGCGUGGAGAACCGCCAGGGCUCCAUUAAAGCGCUGGUGUACGGGAGCAACUUCCAGAACGUGAAGCCGCUGUACGCGCUGGUGUGCGAGACGCAGCGCUACGCCGCCGUGCUGGACGCUGUCAUCGCCCGCGCCGGCCUCCUCCGCGCCGAGAAGAAGCUGCGGCCGCACCUGGCCCGGGUGCUAGUGUAUGAGUUGUUGCUGGGAAAGGGCUUUCGAGGGGCCGGGGGCCGCUGGAAGCCCCUGCUGAGCCGGCACCAGGCGAGGCUGAAGGCCGAGCUGGCGAGGCUCAAGGUUCGCCAGGGCGUGAGCCGGAACGAGGACUUGCUGGAGGUGGGGUCGAGGCCCGGCCCAGUCUCCCAGGUGCCUCGAUUUGUGCGAGUGAACACUCUCAAGACCUGCUGUGGCGACGCCAUUGAUUAUUUCAAGAGACAGGGUUUCUCCUACCAGGGCCAGGCUUCCAGCCUGGAGGACUUGAGGGCCCUUAAGGGGAAGCACUUUCUUCUGGACCCCUUGUUGCCGGAGCUGCUUGUGUUUCCUGCCCAAACAGAUCUGCAUGAACACCCUCUGUACCUUGCAGGUCACCUCAUCUUGCAGGACAAGGCCAGCUGCCUCCCAGCCACCCUGCUGGCACCGCCACCAGGUUCUCACGUCAUUGACGCAUGUGCUGCCCCAGGCAACAAGACCAGUCACUUGGCAGCUCUUCUCAAGAACCAGGGAAAGAUCUUUGCCUUUGACCUGGAUGCCAAGCGGCUGGCAUCAAUGGCCACUCUGCUGGCCCGGGCUGGUGUGUCGUGCUGUGAGUUAGCUGAGAUCGACUUCCUGACCGUGUCGCCCACGGACCAGCGUUAUGAUCGCGUCCAGUACAUCCUGCUGGAUCCUUCUUGUAGUGGCUCUGGGAUGCUGAGCAGGCCACUGGAGGAGCAGGGGUCAGGUACACCUAGCCAGGAGCGUUUGCGUGCCCUGGCGGGCUUCCAGCAGCGGGCACUGUGCCAUGCACUCUCGUUCCCCUUCCUGCGACGCUUGGUCUACUCAACAUGCUCCCUUUGCCAGGAAGAGAAUGAAGAUGUGGUCCGAGACGCCCUGCAGCAGAACCCAGGGUUCAGGCUAGCUCCUGUCCUGCCCUCCUGGCCCCACCGGGGUCUCAGCACCUUCCCAGGUGCUGAGCACUGCCUCCGAGCCUCCCCUGAGACCACACUUACUGGUGGCUUCUUCGUUGCUGUGUUUGAACGGGCAGAGGUGCCAAGACCACAAGACAGAAGGGAAUAACCCAGGACCUAACUCGAGGUUAUACGUGGAGGCGCCACGUCACCAGAGCACUGACCUAGACAGGUCUUGUCUAAUGGAGAUGCACCAUGCUCACUCACCAGCUGCGAGGAGGAGACUCUCUGCCCCUGGCCCCGGGAGGCUGCACACUACACCUGGACUACUGUCUGAGGAAGUGCAGUAAGAGGUUGCACACUGGCAGUACCCCGAAGGCCUGGGCCUGUGACAUUCAACUGACCCUGGAAACCCACGUGGAGGAACUUACCUUAUUUGGGGCUGUGGUCUAGUAAGCCACACUGCAGAUACCUCGCAGGGUGGUCCUCUCAUUUACAGAUGAUGACAGCAAGGCUCAAAGCAGUCCUAAGACUGGGCUUCGAGUGGAGCCCGACCCAUGCUGCCUUCCCAGUUUUACUCGAGGCAGCAGCAACUUUAGACUGACAGAGAAGCACGAGGCUGGGCUUCAUCCCGAGGGCCAACACUGCACGGUGCUUACCUGGGAG